AAUGACGUUUACGGAAGUUUUCAUUCGUCCGUGAAAACGUGUUGCUGAUGGCACUCUUUAGCUGAAAGCCGGUCGUUGGCUAAGUUAAAAUAGUUUGUUUUCUGGACGGAAACAAAGUGAUGAAUUCUCUCUUAAUCGCCGCCGUCCUGGGCAGCUCCCCCGACUACAACAGUUUGUUUGAAUCGUUGUUGUGGCCGAAAGAGACUUGGCCGGAGACGGAACGGACAGAUGCGCUGACAGCACUCGUUGAAGGGCUCGGGCCACUUCUGUCUCAUUCCGAUUCAACUUUGCUAACAGACGCAGCCAGACUUUGCGUGCAGUCCAAAAUCGAAUCAAUCAUUUGGUCGAAUUGUUUUCCUUUCCUCUCCAGAUUAUCGACUGAAGAGGAUGAUGCUCGCUCCAGGGAGAGCACAGCUGCCGUCUGCAGACUGAUCCGUGCCUGCGUCGCUUUGUGCAGCGAAAAUGUACAAAAGCGAGUCAUUUUAUCCGUUUUGCAUUCUUUCCAGUCGUCAGAGGAGGAUGGAGAUCGUGUCAGUGUGCGGGUUGCUACAGAGGUUUUAGCAGUUCUUAUGCCUUUCCUUGCAGCCGAUGAACAUCUCACACUCGGCACCUUGAACUCUGCCUUGGCCAUCAUCAGAUCUCUCCCUGACGCUCCACUGGUCUCCAGGAUCACAGUCAGGAUUAUUUUAAUGUUGCUGAACUGCUGCAGCAGUUCGAGCUAUGCAUCCAGCAGCGUCCUGAAGCGCGUCCUGGAUGAGCUGUGCAGCUGGGACAACACAGAGCGGACCCUGAUGUGUCUCACUGUCCUGUCAGACCACUUCCUGAGCCAUCACAGCCCCGCUGAUCCUCGCCUGUCUCCUCGGUUCUGGAGGACGGUGCAGGAUGGACUGAUUGACAGAGACAGCGUGUCGCGAAAGAGAGCCUUAUACCUGCUGAAAAGAUGCGCAGCUCUGUCUGAGGAGGAUGACUUCAACUGUCUACAGUCGUCAUCAGAGAAAGCAGAUAUGUUGUUCAAAUGGGCUGCAGACAAGAGCAGGCUGCUGAGGGAGUUUUGGGAAGAUUAUGUUCUGGUGAUGGAGACUCUAGAGGAAAACCAGAUUCAUGUCGUCCGGCCAGUUUUAAACAGAAUAGACGCUCUGAUCCAAACAGCAGUGACUUACAGUCACGCUCCAGGCCUUUUCCACCCGUCCUGGCUGCUGUGUGUGUAUCAGCGCAUGUUCCACAGUGAGAAUAAGUCCUUGCUGAGGGAGGGAGUGCGUCAUCUGCUAAACCUGCAGGCCCUCCAGCAGCCGGAGUUUGCUCUGGCCUUUUCUCAGUUUGUUGUUGGCCCCUUCAUGGAGGCUCUUUCUGAAGCUUCUCUCUUCUGCAGGUCAGCCGGGCAGAGUGUAGGAGACUGUCCUGAGCUGGCGGUUAAACUCCAGGUCUUCAUGGUCACCUUCUUCAGCAGCCUGCCCUCAGAAGAGAGAGGUCAUGUGUUUCUUCAGCUGAUUCAGCAGCUGGGCUCUAAGCACUGGUGCGCUGUGCCCCUACUCUUCGUCUGUCAGGCGUUGUCCAAGCUGCCCUCAGGUCCGCUCCUGAGGAUCAGCGGGCUCACCGCCCUCAGAGAGGUGCUGCGCUGCACCAUGAUCACCCAUCAGGUCCUGUUGAGAGGAGCCGCCCAAUGCUUUUUGCUCAACAGCGCCCUCUCUCUCACAGUAGUGAGUGACGUCAGCCUAGACGACGCGUUCAGCAUCCUGGCGGAGUUCCGUGCCGAUGAAUCUUUGUGCAGAGGGACGGGGCUCUGGAGUCAGGUGUGCGCCUGGUUUUCGGAGCACGAGGGAUGUUUCAAGUCCAGGAGAACGGAGGACGACUCCUCUGCAAAAACAGAAACCGUCAGAGCUUAUGUUUACGAGGAGAUAUCCGCUUAUUUCCGGGUUCCAGCCAGCACAGGCCAGGCGGAGAGCUUACCGGACCCUAGAGAGGCCGAUAGGCUGGCCAGGGCCAUUCUGCUCUGUGUGGACAUGGAGAGGAGCAGACUGGGAGCAGAGAUCAGCACCACUCUUGAGUCUCUGCUGUCUCCGCUGAUGGACACCCUGAGCAGAAUCAGCACCAACAUCUACCUGCCGGUGCGUAAGGGCGACAAGAGCCUGCAGCUUCUGCUCAGACUACUGCAGCUUUCAGCAACGCCACGCCGUCAGCCAGCAGGAGACCAGGAGGCUGAUGAUGUGACGGUCGCCAUGGAGAAGCUGUUUUUGAAGCUGGUUGAUCCGGUCCAAGAGUUUAUCCUGAGACGUCUGUGUGGCGAACUCCAGGAGCUGUUCGACGUGGAGCGAGCACAGCUGUAUCUGCGUGUCCUGAAGCAGCUUGUUGACAUGGGCGUUAAAAUCUUACCGUCUGUUUUCCCCAAACUCGUCAGUUACAGCCUGGCAGUCUUGCAAGAACCAACCCAGGUCCCCUCUGUGACAAACCAGGUGUCCAGGGCGGUUAGUAUGGCCUCCCUGUCUGCCGUCUGUUGCCUUCUGGAGCGCGGCGGGUCGUGCGUGUCAUCAGACGCUAUUUCUGCUCUGAAAUCACUGAAUCAUUACUUCUGCGCUACGAUUGCUUCCUCUGAAUGUCCGUUAUCUCUGGCAAACAUAAAUAAAUCCCUGAUGAAACCGCAGCUGAUAAACGGCUCAAGUGAUCUUGAAGUGCAGGGUCUUCUGCAGCAGGACUGGGGAUGCAUCGCUGCUCAGUUUUUGCGCGACCAGUGGAUUUGUCUGAACUUCCUGAUUAAGGCUGAAGGGAUUCCUGAGCCUGUGGAGAUUUCACCCGAGACCCUCAGAGCUGCUCUGAGCUGCGGUGUCGAGGCUCUUUCUCUGCUUCCCAGUGACCUGGUGCUACCCGUCUUCGACUUCAUGAAGACCAUCCUGCCACAGUUGGUGCACGACGAGGAGGAGCUGUGUGUGCAGGCGGUGACUCUGAGCUGGGAGCUCGUGUUGGGGCUCAGCACCAACGCUCACGACUUCUGGCCAGCUUUGUCAGCUUUCAUCUCCAUGGCCUUUCAGCACAAACUCCUCAAGCCGACACCCACCGAAGCUUCCGCCGUCAUGGUCGCUCUGAAGCAGAUCGCCACAGAGCUGCUGGAGCUGUCUCAGUCCAAAAGUGGAGUGUUUGGCAUCCUGCUUCAACACUGCUGUCACACGUGGCUGCCCAAGCACCAAGGAGGCAGCGAGCAAGCCGACAACGAGGUGUUUUCUAGUGUUUUCAGCCACGUUGAUAUGAUCGCUGAGGCCUGUGUUUACGGACCGGUGUUCAGAAGAGAUCAACGACUCAGUCAGGAUGUUCAAAUAUAUGUGGAGCAGCUUGGUGAUGAGUGUGCAGCUAACGUUGCAGUUUCAAGCGAUAACAGGGAUGAUCAGCUUCCCCGCACAUGUGUGCUGGCUUUUCUCAGCCGCUUGGAUCCAGCUGAUCAGCAGCAUAAAAGACUCAUGGAGGAGUUAGUCAUGCAGCUGCUGAAAAAGGAUAGCAACAUCUCAAAGUCUAAAGUGCGUUACCAUAGCAACUCCCUGCAACAUCGAGUCAAAAACAGAGUUUGGCAAACACUGUUGCUGCUGCUGCCCAAACUCAGAGAGGAGUUUGUUGCCACUCUGCUGAACCAUGUGUUUGAAGCCGGGUUUCAAAGUAACCAAGCUUCAGUGAAGUACCUGAUUGAGUGGACGAUGGUUCUGAUUCUUCUUAAGUAUCCUCAGCAUGUUGACAGAUUCUGGACCUGUUUUAAUCUGGAUCAUGAACAGACCAAAACAAGUGUCUGCACCUUCCUGUCAGUCCUGGUUCACUUCAGUGUCAUUCUUCCACAUGUUAAGGAUAAGACUGUGCAGCUGCGUAAAGCCUUGGACGUCAUCCUGCAGUCGUGUUUCAGUCACAACUUCAGCGUUCGCCUGUACUCCCUACUGGCUCUGAAGAAGGUGUGGAGCCUGACUGAACGCCUGCAGGAGGAGGAGGAGGUGGAUGCUUUCACAGGAAUGUCCUCUGUGGUGAAAGCUUGUCUGAACCAGGCUGAGGCCAUGCAGAACACUGGGAACGCCAACAAGAACUGGAUGAGAAUUCAGAGCCACUUCUUCUUUGGUGCCUUUCACCCAGUCAGGGAUUAUAGUGUUGAGACCAUAUUCUACACUUUUCCGAGUUUAUCGGAGGUGUCCGAUGACGAGUGGAUUCCACCGUGGAAGUUUGAGAAGCUGUCAUCGUUUUCUGAAAGUCCGUCAUUUCCUUUAAGGAACCCUGCUCCAGAUUUGGGCCAGCUCCAACCCGGAGACUGGGUCCAGCAAGACAGAAGUGAGCAGGAUAAGGAGGAGCGCUGGGCCGAGGUGCAGAAGAAAAUCACGCCCUGGAGGUUAGGCAUCCAGGAUCAGGAACCAGAACUUCAGCUGGUUCCACCACAGAGAGCGGCUCGGCUGGGCAAGCAGAACGGCGCCCUGCUGGUCGUAGCGUCGCUCAUCGACAAACCCACCAAUCUGGGAGGUCUUUGCAGGACUUGUGAGAUAUUUGGUGCCAGCUGUCUUGUUCUGGAUAGCCUCCACCACAUCAACGACAAGCACUUUCAGUCCCUGAGUGUCUCAUCUGAGCUCUGGCUUCCUCUGUUGGAGGUGAAGCCCGUGGAGCUGAUUGAUUUCUUGCAGGUGAAGAAGAGUGAAGGUUACUGUAUUGUUGGAGUGGAACAGACAGCCAACAGUCGCAGCCUCCAGGACUACCAGUUCCCUGAGAGGAGCCUGCUACUUUUAGGCAACGAACGGGAAGGUAUUCCUGCCAAUUUGCUCCAGUUGUUGGACGUGUGUGUGGAGAUCCCCCAACAAGGGGUCAUCCGCUCACUCAACGUGCAUGUGAGUGCUGCCCUGUUGAUAUGGGAAUACACACGGCAACAUCUCACCUCUGGUUCAUCGAAAGUCGGCUAAAAACCCAAAAAAGGGCUGCCCCUCUUACAGAAGCUGUGCAUUUUUGCUCUUGAUGGUUUUCCAUAUAGAUAAUGUGCCGGCUUUCAGGACUUCCAUGUUCUUUAGUCUGGACUCACUCGGGGUUCAGGGUGGCCACCAUCCAUCAGUGCACCGGCUGUGGCUUAGUAAGAGUCACGCAUAAAGAUCAACCCUGGUUAUAAAGGUUCCACAUGGCAUGCUGUUAAAUUAAUGGGCACAAUCUCAGCGUUGGCAGCCCUGCAGCCUACAUACAGGUACUUUUUUAAUGUGGAACACGAGGGAUACAAACCUACAGAUGCUACUAUUUCUGCCACUUUAACAUCUUUUUCUGCAUUCUUAUGUUUUUAUUACAGAUGAAUGAAAAUUGUAAUAUUGUCAAAUGUACCUUUUGAAUAAAAAAGUAUUUUUUA